CAGUGCCUGGGCCGUGGGACUUAAUUUUCCCUGUUUGCCAUGAAGUUUUUGGAUGCCCUGCACCGCGGCACAGUACUGACGCUCGCUGGCAUGGCGUGUUGGGGAGCUUAUGCCGGGGUUCGUGUCCAUUAUCAGAUUCUAGAGGCUGGAAGACCAGAGAGAGUGGCAAUUAGCACAAGCGGCACAAGGAGCGGUAUCAGGGCGCACCCCAUGAUUUCUUUUUCAUGUCCUGAACCGACAAUGGCAGUAAUAUUGCGACACUUUUGAGCCCACAGAAUGGUGCCCUUCCUACGAAAUGGCUUCAUUCAUAACCCUUUCUGCCUUUAACAGACUCGUACUCAGAGCAAAUGUUUCAUGGCCGUUUGCG